CAGGAGAUUAAUAAUCAUAAUGAUCAAACCGAUAAUGACGAUAAUCAAGAAGAAAUGAUUCUUUUAGAAAAGUUACCAUCAAAACUGUAUGAUGAAAUAUGUGCUAUCACCUCUAAUAACUAUAUGGAAAAUGACAAUAUGGGAAUAGAAUUUUCAUGUUUAUUGGAAUUAGAUACUAUAGACGAUCCCCAUAAACUUUCUAAAAAAAUAGCCGAACUUGUUGAACAAGGGGACGGAUAUAAUUACAUUUACAAAAAAAGUUAUGAUUUAAAAAAGGUUCCUGGAAUACAUGCAUGGUGGAAUAAGUUUAUCAAGGAAAAAUAUGUUCGUGAUAAUAAUAAUCAGCUAAAUUCUAUGAAAGUUCUUCUUGAAGAAUAUAAUUAUUCAAUUGUGCUGGAAAAUAUUACGGAGGGUAUUAAAUAUCUUGGAUUCAUAACUCCAUUUUUUAAUCUAUUAUUAAAAAACAAAGAAAUCGUAGUUGAUGCAACAU